AUGUUUUUUUCCAACAUUCUUGGCUUCAAUUUCCUCGCUGUUCUAGAGGCGGAACAUUACCUACUGGAUGGAUAUCUCAACGGCCAAGCCGCCGACAUCGUCCCGGACACAGGCUCUGACAUUAUGGUUCUGUCUCUUCUGUUUGCAAAACAACUUGGACUCACAGUCCACAACGGGCCUGAGCAUAGGAUCAAAGUUCAAUUCAUUGACGGAUCUGAGGCUUAUACCAUUGGAAGGGUGCGAGGUGUGAAAUGGAGGUUUCAGCGAUAUCUCGACUGGGGCAAGCACACACUGCGCAGGGAUGGAUACGAGUUCCACAUCAUUCAGAAUCUACCUGUCGACGUGAUCGUCAGCAACGACUUCAUUGCUAAAGUCGGGGUAGGCAUGUACGGCAUCCGAUAUAUCGAGUCGAAGCGUGCGCACAAAAAGGAGCAGAUGAGUUGCGGCCAAUCUUCCUCCGCAGAGACGGAGGAAAGCGAACUCCACCGCCGAGACGCGGCCGAGGAGGACAUCGAAGAGCUCCUCCUGACGGACCCAGUCGCAGCGGAGUCCAGACGGCUAGAGGAGCAGGAGAGGAGGCGCGCUCAGGACCGGCACAAGAGGCGUUAUGACGAAGUUCGACUGGCCUCCAUUCCACAGACAGCAACCAUCAAUACUGGACGCAUCGCGCUACCGGCCCAACAUUCAAGCACCGACUUCUCAUUGCACAAUACGAGCUUGACUCGGCAAUCGGCUCACGUCUUAUACCAAUCACAGGCAGGUGCCGCAACGGCCGCGAGUUUCGAUAAGGCAGGCUUCAUCAGUAGAAAUCCAGGCAGCAACUAA